GGAUUGAAUUAUGCUGUGGCGCAACACAAUCAUGAUAAAUUAGACAGUUUGAACUUCACAUUCAAGAUAAUGGGCAUCCAUCAAUCACCAGAAAAAUGCAUAAACAAAUGAUUGAAAGAGAGAUAUUUCUCUCCCCACUUUGUCUUUUUUUGCCCAAUUUUGAAUUAUUCCUCCCCCCAGUUGUUUUCAGAAAAUAUUCCUGAAGAAGUUGUAGUUCCUUGCUUUUAUUUAUAGUCACAAGCAUAGAUUCUCUCCCUCUAUGAUAUGCUGUAGUUCAUCUACACCCUCAAUCAGUAUACAUGUUCAUUUCCUUUUUCUGUUUUUUUCCAUUUCCCAUUGCCCUAAUUUUGAUGCUCUUUCUCUUUGCUGAUGAAAAGAUUGCCUGCUUUUUGUCCUUUUCAUGGAUGCCCUCUCUAGCUCCCUCUCUCUCUAAGCAUUGUGCAGCUGGUUAUUCCAUAUCCUACCUAGUAUAAAUAGGGGGCUCUCUCUUCAUUACAUAUUAAGCUUCCUAUUAUUACUUGCUUGAAUUUGUUUAACGGAUAAUUCAGCUUUCAUCUUCUGUUGCCUAAAAUGAGCUACUCGAAUUCAUCAAUAGGCUCUGGGAGUAGAACAGCUAGAAGGAAUGUUGAGUUUGGGAGGACUUAUGUUGUUAAGCCUAAAGGGAAACACCAGGCUACUAUAGUCUGGCUGCAUGGCCUUGGUGACAAUGGCUCAAGUUUGUCACAACUUUUGGAAAGUCUUCCCCUUCCAAAUAUAAAAUGGAUAUGCCCCACUGCUCCAACGCGCCCUGUGGCUAUACUUGGUGGAUUUCCUUGCACUGCUUGGUUUGAUGUUGGCGAGCUUUCUGAAGAUUGUCCGGAUGAUUUCGAAGGUUUAGAUUCCUCAGCAGCACACAUCGCUAAUUUACUGUCCACAGAGCCUACCGACAUUAAACUUGGUAUAGGAGGCUUCAGCAUGGGAGCUGCAACUGCCCUCUAUUCCGCGACUUGCUUUGCGCAUGGUAAAUAUGGAAACGGCUACCCGUAUACUGUUAAUUUAAGGGCCAUUGUUGGCCUAAGUGGCUGGCUUCCUGGUGCAAGGAGUCUAAGAAACAAGAUUGAAGGAUCGCACGAUGCUGCAAGACGUGCUGCAUCACUGCCAAUUUUGCUCUCUCACGGACUCUGUGAUGAAGUGGUUCCUCACAAACAUGGAGAGAAAUCCUACCAUGCCUUGAACCUUGCUGGUUUCCGAAAUCUAUCAUUCAAAACCUACGAAGGGAUCGGGCACUACACCGUGCCUAAAGAGAUGGACGAGGUAUGCAAUUGGCUAAACUCGAGGCUGGGGCUCUAGGGGGUAUGAUCACGGAUUUAACUCAAGGACGACCGGGGGAGCAAUAAGAGGAAGGCGAGCGCGUAGAGUUAUACGAGUUGUGAGUUACAGAUUCGGCUACUUGGUUCAUACUUCAUAGUAAAAUAAAGUUUUGGGAGUAAUAUUAUUUUCUAUGUAUUCUGCACCAGUGAUUUUGUUAUGUAAUAUUUCAAUUGGGGUUAUUUUGGUGUUGGUGUUGGUGUUGGUGUUAGUGUUAGUUUGGCUUUUUCUUUUGUAAUAUGGGAAGGAAAUAAGAUAUAGAUUCUGGGGUA